GUGAUCUCCUGGAUACAAUCAGACACACACACAAGUACCAGGCACUCCUGCUCAGCUGAGCAAAAUGUCUUUCUCCUAGAAGUGGGUGCUCAUCACAGCCUUCAGAUCCUUGACGAUGUUGCCAUGCUUUCCUUCCUGCCUCCUGCCUUUUGCUGCCUUUGCCUGCCUGCUUUUCCUGCCUGGGGGUCAUCUUUGCCCUGCUGUCUGUAGCUGUAUGGACUACCACACCAUAGACUGCCGGGAUCAAGGACUCCCGAGCGUUCCUAAUCCCUUCCCUUUGGAUGUACGGAAACUUCUCAUAGCUGAUAACAACAUCCAGGCAAUACCAGCCGACUUCUUUAUAUUUUAUGGAGAUCUAGUCUAUUUGGACUUCAGGAAUAACUCCCUCACCUCUUUAGAAGAGGGCACUUUUAGCAGUUCUACCAAACUGGUGUAUUUAGACUUAAGCUACAAUAAUUUAACACAGCUCGAUGCUGGGAUAUUCAAAUCAGCGGAGAAACUGAUAAAACUGAGCCUUGGGAACAAUAACCUGGUGGAUGUGGACGAGGCUGCUUUUGAGAACCUGGACCAGCUCCAAGUGCUCGAAUUGAAUGACAAUAACUUACAGAGCCUGAACGUGGCAGCCCUGGAAGCGCUGCCCUCCCUGCGGACCAUCCGCCUGGAGGGCAACCCCUGGGUCUGUGACUGUGACUUUGCCAAUCUCUUCAGCUGGAUCCAGGACAACGCAUCCAAGCUCCAGAAAGGUCUCCAUGAAAUCCAGUGUUCCCUGCCCGUGGAGAACAGAAGGAUCUUUCUGAAUGAGUUAUCUGAGGUCAGCUUUAGUGAAUGCAAAUUCAGUUUGUCAUUGACAGACCUUUUUAUCAUCAUCUUUUCGGGAGUCGCCGUGUCCAUCGCUGCAAUUCUCUCCAGCUUCUUCCUGGCCACGCUGGUGCACUGCUUCCAGAGGUGUGCUCCCAGCAAGGAUGAUGAUGAUGAUGAAGACGACAGCGAGGACUGAACUUAGUCAAAAUCCUUAAGUUUCCUUGGUUUAUCAGUUACCAGAUCAUCAGCCAAAGGCUUCGAGGAAAAAAGAGUAGAGUAAAAGCUUUAAACAUGACUUAAGCUCACCGUGUGUAAGGAUCCCUUCUAGGCACGGGCUGGGGUGGCAGACCUGAGCUGUCAG